AUGAUGGAUUUCCGCAAAAAAUUGAGCGGAUACAAAAAAGAGAUGUUGCGAAAGCUUCACCUGUCGAAGGAACAAAGAAAUGAGCUUGUAGAAAGACUGAAGAUGCUGAAAAGAAAAACUAUUGAUAAAGUUCUACCGACAGGAGACUCAAUUGAGGAGACAAACGUAUGGAGCAAAAUUGCAGACAAAUUAUUCCAGGGAGAUAUAGUUCUCACAAAGUCUGUUUACUUGAUUUCUCCAUACGAGCAGUGGAAAAUUUGUGUAAUAUUAAGGAAACAACAAAAACAAGUUAUCGCAGACAUUCUCGGCAUCCGUUCUAAGCGACAGACUAUGUAUGAUGGAGAAUACCCUGGUAUGAGGUGGACGAAGGGAGUCCGCUACUUCUUCGACGAAAGCGCGAGUGAGCAAGUUCAAAGUGUGUUCAAGAAAGCUGCACACCAGUGGAUGUCUGAUACAUGUAUCAACUUCAUACCGACCAAAUUCGCAGAAGACAGUAUACGAGUGUUUGCGGACAAUGGAUGUUGGUCCUAUGUUGGUAGAAUUGGUGGUGUGCAAAACCUCUCCCUGGGUGAAGGCUGUGAAAAAGUACGGUUUGGUAAAGAUUUCCUGUGA